UUUGAAUUGACCUCUACUUCUAGCAAGAGGCAGUGUAAACCUGAGCCCGACAUGCCUCUCCCAUACCCACAGCGAGUCUGGCAAUUAGCCAGAGAUGUAGCCGCCAAAGGGCCGCUCGCCGACCCACGACGUCUGGGCGGCAUCCCCUUUGACCUUAAACAAUACCGGCGAAUCAUCCCCACAUUUAUGCACGGCAAGAAGAUAACUUUCGGAGACAACAUUAGCGAAAAGGGAUCAAACCGGACUCGCCGCGCCUUCCUCCCCAACGUCAUCUACCGACCCCUAUACUCUCGUACAUUGGACAUGAACAUUUGGACUAGGCUCUCUACCCACGCUUUACGAGAGAUUGAUGCUAAAGGGGGGUUUGACGAGUAUAUUCUGACUCUGCCGGAGAAGUACUUGGAGUGCGAUGUUGCCAAGAUGUAUAAAAGAAAGAUUGUAGAUGGGUAUUAUGGAGCUAAGGGUGGGAAGGGUAAGGUGUUUCGAGCGGAGAUGGAAAGUUUGUUGGGUGCCAAAUAUGGGGAGGAGUAUUUGACCAAGUUGAAGGAGUUUGAGAGGACAUUCGAUAAGGCUGUUAAGCGAUGACCAACUAGUGGGCUUUGAAAGGUGAUGAAUGUGAUGGUUGAUGAGACGGCUUAUUGGGGGAAGGGGGGUUCAUGUACUUAUCUAUUUUGCAUGUAAUUUACAUCUGCUCGAAAUCUACACUUUGAACAGACGGGUCGCUGGAGACGCA